AUGCUGGCGGAGGCCUGCUCCUCCGUCGCCACCGACUUUCGAGAUGCCUGCGGCGACUGCAUCGCCGGCGGAGCGCCGCAGAGGCUGGCGGCGGACGGGACGGCUUCGUGCGGCUGGAGCAGCUGCUCACGCUCCGCGCCGCUCGACUGGACGCAGACGCUGAGCGAGCUCAAGCGCCAUGUUCCCUCUCUCGAUCCCGACGUCAGCCGCCGCUUCGUCGACCGCGAGGCUGCUGGCGUGCAGGCGCUCCUCGGUCGGCUGUCGCUGCGCGAGCGGAUCGGCCAGAUGCUGCAGCUAGAUGUCAACCUCGCGCUCGCGACGGGCGAGGACAUAACGGCAGUGCUCGAUGGCUCGCUCGACAAGUCUGCAGGCGCCGGCGCCGUCGUCUUUGCGGGUGCUCUCGCCGCUCGCCGCCUCGCCACCGUCUUGCCGCACAACAUCGGGCUCGGCGCCGCAGACGACGAGAGCCUGACCGCCGCGGCGGGCGCCGCGACGGCGACCGAGGUGGCCGCGGCGGGGCUGAACUGGGCCUUUGGCCCCUGCGUCGCUUCGCCUCGGGACAGCCGGUGGGGGAGGACGUACGAGGGCUUCGGGGCGGACGAGCAGCUCGGGGACGCGGACCUGGACGCCGUGGGGCUGGCGGAGCACCUGCUGCCGUACCGCGCCGCAGUGCAGGCGUGCGGUCGGGGGGCGUGCGGUCGGCGCGGCUUGCAGGCGGGCGUGCUGUCGGUGAUGGUCUCGUACUCGUCUGGGCGCCUGCAGGCAGCCGUGGGGCGCCUCUCCGACCCUCCUCCUCCGGCGCGCGACUCUGUAGGCUUCCUCAAGGAGCACCUCGGCUUCGGCGGCCUUGUCGUGUCCGACUUGGGCGGCGUCGAUCAGCUGCGGGGCGGCUCCCUCACGCGCUUCGCCGCCGCCAUCAACGCCGGAGUCGACAUGGUCAUGCUGCCAGGCGCACUGCGCCUCCUCGCUCCUAUAGCCAGCACUUGGACCGCCGGAGGGGCCGCCUCCGUCUCGUGGCAGACCUUCCUCGACGACGUCGAGCGCGCCGUGCUGAGCGGCGAAGUGCCGCGGGCUCGCGUCGACGACGCCGCGGCGCGCGUGCUCGCAGCCGCGAUCGGGCUCGUGUCCCCGUUUGGUGACCCCGCGCCAGAGGUGGAGGCGGACAGCGAGCGCGGCUUCGGCAGCCGCGGGCCGUGGGCGCACGCCACGGGGCGCGAGGAGGGGGGCGAGGCGGCGGGGGGCGAGGGAGGUGAGGCGGCGCCAACGGACGACGAGCUCUACGCGGCGCACAGCCCGCUGGCGGAGGAGGCGGCGCGCCGCUCCGCCGUCCUUCUCGAGCAAAGCGGAGCGCCGCCGCUGCUGCCGCUGCCGAGGGAGGCGCGGCUGCUGCUCGCGUGCUCGGGCGCCCACUCGCUCGAGCGGCAGCUCGGCGGCUGGUCCCUGGGCUGGCAAGGGGCGGGCGAGGGCGCGCGCACCAAAGGGACGACCGUGCUGCAGGGGCUGCUGCGGCGAUCGGCGUGCGCGGAGCCGCGCAGCUGCGUGCAACUGGUGCCGACGCCGCUGAUCCGCAGCCCAAGCGAGCCGUCCUGGCUCGACACGGACAAGGACGGCGUCCCCGACCGCCUCGACUCCGACUCGGACGGCGACGGCAUCCCAGGCGGCUCGCCCCACCCUGGUGCCGUGCCGUCCCCGCCUCCGCCAGGCGACGACACACCUUCCAACGCCACAAGAAUCGCCGCCGCCGCCGCCUACGAGCAGCUGCUCUCUGCUUCAAAGGGCCCCUUCGCCGCCGCGAUCGCAGUCGUGUCCGAGGGCCGAGGGGAUGCGCCCGUCUCUCCGGUCCCCCUCUCUGAGCUGGACAGCGCGUGCGUCUCUUCGCUGCUGGCCGAGGGACUGCGCAAGGGAUGGCCGGUCGCGAUCGUCGUUCUCUCGGGCAGGCCGUUGGAGCUGGCCGCCUUUGCCCGCCGCGGCGAGCCGGCCGACAGCGAGCGCGGCUUCGGCAGCCGCGGGCCGUGGGCGCACGCCACGGGGGGCGGCGAGGGGGGCGGCGAGGGAGGCGAGUCGGCGCGGAUGGCCGGCGGCGUCGGUGCGGUGGUCGCUGCUUGGCUGCCCGGCUCUGAGGGAGGAGGCGCGAUCGCCGAUUUGCUGUUUGGCGUUGCCCCCUUCCGAGGCAAGCUGCCGCUGCCGUGGGUCGGAGCUUACCCUGCCGGCCACGGCACCAUCACUGCGGGCGGCCUCACUCAGGCGGGCGGGUCGGCGCGCCGCCGCGACCCGGAGGAGAGCGAGUCGCUCGUCAGCAGCGCCGUCGGACCCAGCAAGGGCACAGGCGAAGCCAAGGGAGAGGGGGGCGGGCGCGAAGGCAAAGCCGCCGACCACCCCAUGGACUCUACCAUCACACGGGGCCCAGCGUUGCGCCCCUGGCCAAGCCGCGCGCGGCAACAGGGCGAGCUGGAGCUGUCGCCUCAGUCAGACGCAGCCGACGACGUCCUGUGA